AAAGGUCAUCACCUUAACCAAUGAAUGUUCCUGUUUCAGAAACACUUCGGCGCGUUGAUUAUUUUUUUCCAUUAAAACGUAAACAAAGAAUAAAAAUAAUGAGUGACACAGAAGAAUCACCAACUCCUGCAAAAGUGGCCCGACUGUCAUCCUCCAUCACUGAAAUCUCAUCUGAUCCAGAGCCAGGUUCAGUAGAUGCAGAGACCCAGAAAGCACUUGAAGAUAUAGACUGUUGUCAAAGUGACAUAGAUGCUUUAAAUGAGAAAGCUAGUGAGGAAAUUCUCCAGGUGGAGAUGAAGUAUAAUAAGUUGAGACGACCCCACUUUGAAAAGAGAAACAACUUGAUCAAACAUAUUCCUAAUUUCUGGGUGACAUCAUUUUUGAAUCAUCCUAGAAUGGCAAACAUUGUUGAAGAGGAAGAAGAAGAGUGUCUGCACUAUCUGAAACAGGUUGAUGUAGAAGAAUUUGAAGAUAUAAAAUCAGGCUUCUCAAUUCAGUUCCAGUUUGCUUCAAAUCCAUAUUUUACAGAUGAAGUUCUCACAAAGGAAUUUCAUUUAGCAGCAACAGAUGGCAAGCCACCCUGUAGGUCUACACAGAUUCACUGGAAACCUAACAUGGACCUCACAAGAAAUACACAAGCCAAACAUGUGAGACGUCAGCGUGGGGAAGGCAGGUCCUUCUUCUCGUGGCUUACAGAUACUGUAGACCCAGCAAGGGACAGAAUAGCUGAGAUGAUAAAAGAUGACCUUUGGCCUAACCCUCUGCAAUAUUACCUUGCUUCUGAUAUAGAAGUGGAAGAAAAUGGUGUUGAUAGUGAUGGUGAUGAUGAUAAUGAUGAUCAGAUAAUGGAAGAUGAUUCUGUAGUAAUUGUAGGUGAUGAUGAUGAUGACGAUGAUGAAGUGGAAUCUGAUGAUGAUGUUUAUGAGGUGAAGGAUGAUGAUGACGAUGAUGAUUAUUCUGGAGAGGAGCUUGAAGAAACGGUAGAAUCUAUAGAAGUUGAAGAUGAUGAUGAUGAAGAUGAUGACGAUGAUGCGAUUGAAGUUCUGGGCAGUGACUCGGAGGCAGAACUUUUACAGGAAACAUCGGAAAUCUCACAAGAUGGAGAUACCUCAGUAUCUCAAACAAAUAACGCAGACGGAAAAGGUGACAACAAAACAGGAAAUGGACCUGAUACUUCACAAACCAGUGAAGUUGAUAGUGUAGAUAAAUCACAAAAUGAUAACAAUACCGGUGAUAGUGAUGCUUUAUUAAACGGUCAUAAGAACACGACUGACGGUGAUGACAGUGUGUUAGAUAGCGAUAAUUUAGUGUCCCAGAAUGAUGACUCCGUGUUAUUAGAUAAUGACGGGAAUGACUCUGAUCUUCUUAAAGAGGACGAUGAUGAUGACGUGGAGGAUGGUGACGAUGCCAAUAAAAAGAUAAAAGAUUCUAGCGAAACUGUUAAGGCUAAAACCAGUGUUGUGGACGGUGAAGAGAAAGCAGAGGAUGGGGUUGAUUGAGUUUGUUACAUUGUUUUGUUAAUGGAUGAAUGUUAUUAUACAUUGUUCCAAUAAAAAUUGUACAUAUAAAUCAAUGUACCAUGUCUCAGCACAUGUUAAGCUGUACUUAGUACAGUACAACAGUAUACGUGGAGAAAUUAUGUACAAAAUUAUUGAAAUUUUAUGUAGAGAAAAAUCUUUUGAUAUUUGUAAGAGAAAAGUGGAGUAUCUGUUCUUUUAAAGAAUAAAUGAAUAUAGAGAACAAAAGAAGUGAAAGGGGGAGAUGAUACUUUAAGAAUUUGAUGCUUAUAACAAAAUAUUGUGUGGGAUAAAUGUACUGGACACAUCGUGAAUUAGAAUAUGACUUAAAUCAAAUUAAGGAAUAAUUCAAUUAUCAAAAAUAAUCUGUAACACAGGUGAAAUUUUUAACAUAUGCUAUCAAAUGUUGCAGUUUUGAAUGAUGUUAACUUUGAACUGUAGACAUGUGUUAAAAGAGUGACAAUCACAGUUGUGGGUUUUAAACCUGCCUUGGACUUUGUAGUUCAUGUGAGGAAGCUAUUUGGCUAUCUAACAGAAUAUUGGUGGUUCUACUCCGGUGCCUAGUUGUUACUAUAUUAAUGCUUGGAGGGGCACCUGAGGUCUUCCUCCGCCACUUAUAAGUUGGAAAUAUUUCACAAGACAAUUACUGUGUCAGCGAUGACUUAAACCCAAUCUAAAAAGAAAAAUAAAUUAAUCAAUAACAUAUAUAUUUAAGUGCCCUCAGGGAUAUAGAUGUACUUGUUAAAAUCAUAUUUUUUCAGACUUCAUCAUUUCACUGGUACACUUGGUCAUAGAGACUCUUUAUCCAAAAAAAUUUGGUUCCAUAUCUAUCAAUAUAUCAUUGCUAAAUAUAAAGCAAUAGUGUUUUCUCAUGGGAGGUAAUUCUUUAAUAUAUAAAGGUCAAAAAAGUGUUUUGUAGUUACCUCCCUUGUAUCAUAUUAUGCCCAGUUAUAAGGUAAAAAUAUUACAGUCGUGUACUUAGUGCCAUAAAAGAUAGGUUAAAAUAUUACUUUUAAAAACUGUUAAUAAUUAAGUACCUCAGUUGAUUCAUUGUCAUAAUACAUAAUGAGGCUGAUUUAUUCUUGUAAAAUAUGAAAUAAAUGGAUAAAUAGAUACAGGUACUCAAGAGCUUGGCAACUGUGGGCUUUUUCCCUUACCAAUCUCGGGUACAAUAAAACUUUUACAAUUAAAACUUUGAUAAAUAUAUCAAUAAUAAUGGCAACAUGUUCAUUCUAUUGGAAAAUGUAGUGCACUGUAAAGCUAUAGCAGUAAAAGUUUGUAGCCCUUGAUUAGAUUGGAAAAAACCCAUAUUUGUCAAGUUCGGAGUAACAUGAUUUUUAUUGAUGAUAUAUUAUAUGAUAUGUACUUGAUUGUGUUAAUUAAGUUCUAGCAGAUUUACGAAUAAUUGUAUUACAUUAAUAUUACUUAUUAUGAUAGAAAAUUAGAUAUUUCUUUCUUAGAUGUUGUUGCAUGUUAAGAUAUCUUGGUAUUAAAUUUUGUAAUUACAUGUACUUUAUAACUGGAACUCACUGUGUCUAUGUUUAUUUUAUUGUAACCUCUGUAGAACAAUAACCUGUGUACAACAACCAAUAACCUGUGUACAAUAACCUGUGUACAACAACCAAUAACCGAUGUACAACAACCAUUAACAGAUGUAUAACAACCAAUAACCGGUGUACAACAACCAAUAACCUGUGUACAACAACCAAUAACCUGUCUACAACAACCAAUAACCUGUCUACAACAACCAAUAACCUGUCUACAACAACCAAUAACCUGUCUACAAUUACCAAUAACCUGUGUACAAGUUACAACAAUAGUCUGAAUUCUUACAAAAAUAAUACUUAAUACAAUAAAUUUAACUUCAUUUAAGCAACUAGUAUCAGUAACAACCAAUUAUUUGUGUCCCAGGAGGUGUUACUCUGUACAGGUUGUAAUGUAUAUCUUUUAGUAUUGAAGUGUGCCCUGAAGUGUUUUGUUGGCUUAUAAAACUAGAAAGAAACAUAUAUUAUCCAUUGCAAUGAACAAAAUAUCUUUUGUCUGACCUUAAAAAAUGUGGUCUUUUUGUAACUUUUCUGUAUUUUAUACAAAUAAUACCCCAUGUUAGUUUUAAAUCACUUUUCCUUUCAAAUGAGGGUUUGAAACCCAAUAGACACUUUGAUAUUUUUUAUGUGAGAAAGCUAUUUAGCUUAUUUACAAAUUGUUAAUGGUUCUUCUCACAUGCCUGAUUUUGCCUAAUCCACAAAGAGGUACCUCUCUUUUCUUUUGUGAAGCUAGACAUAUCCGCAUAUUUUACCUUGUCAGUAUGACUCGAAACCGAGUCAACUGUUCAAAAUACUUUUCUACAAUUCAAUAUCAGUCAGAUCAUGUAAAUGAGGUAAAUACAGCAUGUACUUGCACCUUUGCUUUGUAAAAAAAUACAAAUGUCCUGUCAAGCUUAAACAGCUUAUUAAAAUGAAAGUUUGGUAUAUUAAUAAAUAAAUAUUGAACUUUUAAAAGUAUUAAAUGAAAGUUGAUAUAUCAAUAAAUUCAAUGUUGAAAGUUGUCAACUCCAAGUUUGAUAUAUUAAUUAAUUCAGUGUUGAAAUGUAUCAAAUCAAAGUUUUAAAUGUUUUAUUGUACUCAAACAUUUUGGACAUGUUUUAUUUUGUAGAUCAAUUUGUGUACUGUACAUUCUGAAAUGAUUAGUGAAAAAAAUAAUAUGUUUAUAAAAGA